GAGUCUCACCUCGUUCUCCGGUCUCUCUCUCUCCCUCUCUCUAAAGUUCCUCUAUAUGUGUUGACGAGCGUCUUCUGCCGGGAAAGAAACCAAAGGAUUCCCGCCAUUCUCGCCGAUACCAUCAAAUGCUAACGGCUUUCCCCUUCAUUCUCGCGCGCUCGCGCGCUCGCGGGAAGCAAUUUCGUUCCCUUCCAACCGACAAACCAACACUCCCCCUCCAUUUGUCGUUCUUCUUGUUUUCCAUUUGUAGUAGUUUUGCCCGUUGGGAGGUGGCGCGCAGAGAGGUUAGCUCGAACAGGCUGUUUCUCGUAACGGUCGUGCCAUCCCCAGCAGGGUGACGACGGCGAGUGGAUGUCGUCGACGUGCACCGUAUAAUAUAGGCCUUGCGGAUCUCUUCCUCCACCUCCUCUUCUUCUCUUGUCUACUCUGUACCGUCGUCGUUUUCCUCUGCAAUGGUGGGCCGCGAAAAUGACGAGGACGUGGAAGCCGGUCUGAGGUUGCCCGGGCAAGAGGCGGAGAAGGACAAUGUGGACGUGUCGGAUCCAUUCGAUGUCGCGGACACGAAGAAUGCGCCUCUCGAGACUCUCAGGAGAUGGAGGCAAGCAGCUCUUGUCCUCAAUGCGACUCGGCGAUUCCGUUAUACUUAACUUAAAAAGCACGAGGAAAAAAUUCAAAGGCUGCGCAUGAUCAGGGCCCAUGCACAAGUGAUACGAGCAGCUUUGCUUUUCAGAGUGGCUGGAGAGCAGCAGUUUGGUAAAAGAGUGGCACCUCCAAGUUUAACUGGCGAUUAUGCUGUUGAUCUAGAGCAGCUAUCUUCCAUGAAUAGGGACAAUAAUACAACCAGUCUUCAUCAAUUUGGCAGGGUUAAAGGUCUAUCGGAUUUGCUAAAAACCAAUUUGGAGAAAGGAAUUGCUGGUGAUGAUGCUGAUUUAUCAGAGAGGAAAAAUGCCUUUGGAUCCAACACAUAUCCUCGAAAAAAGGGGACUUUUUGGACAUUCCUUUGGGAGGCGUGGCAGGACUUGACCCUUAUUAUAUUGAUUAUAGCUGCAGCAGUGUCACUGGGCCUGGGAAUAAAGACCGAGGGGUUAAAAGAAGGAUGGUAUGACGGAGGAAGCAUAGCUUUGGCUGUUCUUCUUGUCAUACUGGUAACAGCCGUCAGCGACUACCGCCAGUCUCUGCAGUUUCAAAAUUUGAAUGAGGAAAAACAGAAUAUCCAAAUCGGGGUGAUGAGAGAUGGAAGGAUGGUAAAAGUUUCGAUAUUUGAUAUUGUCGUGGGUGAUAUCGUACCACUCAGAAUAGGUGAUCAGGUUCCUGCUGAUGGAGUAUUAGUCAGUGGACAUUCUCUUGCACUUGAUGAAUCUAGCAUGACAGGAGAAAGCAAGAUUGUUCACAAGGAUCAAAAAUCACCUUUCCUAAUGUCUGGUUGCAAAGUUGCUGACGGUGUUGGCACUAUGCUGGUGACUGGUGUUGGAAUCAACACAGAGUGGGGAUUGCUGAUGGCAAGUAUAGUAGACGAUACUGGUGAAGAGACUCCUUUGCAGGUACGCUUGAAUGGGCUGGCCACAUUCAUAGGCAUUGUCGGUCUUUCUGUAGCUGCUGUUGUGCUCACUGUCCUCUUGACCAGGUACUUUACUGGACAUACAAAAAAUCCCGAUGGAACUGUCCAGUUUGUGAAGGGCAUGACCAAAGUCGAUGAUAUCUUGGAUGGGGUUGUUCAUAUUGUGACAAUUGCAGUAACCAUUGUGGUUGUUGCAGUACCUGAAGGGCUUCCUUUGGCUGUUACAUUGACACUAGCAUACUCAAUGCGGAAAAUGAUGGCGGAUAAAGCCUUGGUUCGGAGGCUUUCAGCCUGUGAAACUAUGGGUUCUGCCACAACAAUUUGCAGUGAUAAGACUGGAACAUUAACUUUGAAUCAGAUGACUGUGGUCGAAGCUUAUGUUGGGCGAAAGAAGAUGGAUCCACCAGAUGAUGCCUCCCAAUUGCAUCACCUAAUUUCUUCUUUGCUUAUUGAGGGCAUUGCACAUAAUACCCAGGGCAACGUCUAUGUGCCGAAGGAUGGUGGAGAUGCUGAAGUUACUGGAUCUCCUACUGAGAAGGCUAUUCUUUCAUGGGCUGUUAAGCUGGGAAUGAAGUUUGAUGCUGUAAGAGCAGAGUCAACGGAACUCCGUUUUCCAUUCAACUCAGAGAAAAAGCGAGGAGGAGUUGCUAUACAAAAGACCAGUUCUGAUGUUCAUAUACAUUGGAAGGGUGCAGCAGAAAUUGUCUUGGCCUCAUGCACUAAGUUUUUUGACUCGGAUGGUCACUUGAGAACAAUCGAUGAAGAAAAGGAUUUCUUCAAGCUUGCUAUUGAUGACAUGGCUGCUAGAAGUCUCCGCUGUGUUGCAAUUGCGUACAGACCUUUUGAUUCAGAUAAAGUUCGUGGCGAUGAUGCAGGUCUGGACAAUUGGGUGCUACCUGAUGAUGAUCUUGUUUUGCUUUCGGUCGUUGGCAUCAAGGAUCCUUGUCGUCCAGGUGUUGAAGACGCUGUUAGAAUAUGCACAGAAGCUGGGGUUAAGGUGCGAAUGGUCACUGGAGAUAAUGUCCAAACAGCAAAAGCGAUAGCUCUGGAAUGUGGGAUACUUAGCUCAAAUGAAGAUGCCAAAGAGCCUAAUGUUAUCGAAGGAAGGGUAUUCCGUGCAUUGUCUGAGAAAGAAAGAGAGCAGACAGCAAAGAGAAUAACGGUGAUGGGAAGGUCUUCACCCAGCGACAAGCUACUACUUGUGCAAGCCUUACGCAAAAGUGGGGAAGUUGUUGCUGUAACUGGGGAUGGAACCAAUGAUGCUCCUGCACUUCAUGAGGCAGAUAUUGGUCUUGCUAUGGGCAUCCAAGGGACGGAAGUUGCAAAGGAAAGCUCUGACAUCAUUAUUUUAGAUGACAAUUUUGCCUCUGUUGUUAAGGUUGUUCGCUGGGGCCGUUCUGUGUAUGCAAAUAUUCAGAAAUUUAUCCAGUUCCAACUCACAGUAAAUGUUGCUGCUCUGGUAAUAAAUGUUAUCGCAGCAAUAACUUCGGGCGAUGUUCCGUUGACUGCAGUACAGCUCCUGUGGGUCAACCUUAUCAUGGAUACUCUUGGAGCACUUGCACUGGCAACGGAGCCACCCACGGACCACCUAAUGGAAAGAACUCCAGUUGGCCGAAGGGAACCUCUAAUAACUAAUGUCAUGUGGAGGAACUUGAUGAUACAGGCUGCUUAUCAAAUAUGCGUCCUUCUUGUCCUGAACUACCACGGGAGUAUUCUUCAGUUGAGCAAUGAAACAAAGGAACAUGCUGUUGACAUCAAGAAUACAAUGGUGUUCAAUGCGUUUGUCCUUGGUCAAAUCUUCAAUGAGUUCAAUGCUCGAAAGCCCGAUGAAAUGAAUGUUUUCAGUGGAGUGACGAAAAACUACCUUUUUAUUGGUAUCGUUGCAGUUACCAUCGUGCUUCAAGUAAUAAUUGUCGAGUUCCUUGGAAAGUUUGCUAAGACGGUGCCGCUCACCUGGAAUCUGUGGCUUAUUGCUGUAGGGAUUGGCAUCGUCAGCUGGCCCCUUGCAGUACUUGGGAAACUCAUUCCAGUCCCCAAGACUCCUCUUUCCAAGUUCCUUCGGAAGCCAUUCACGAGACGGUGAAAUAAUGCCUAGUGAUGAAGGAGUAUAUAUAUUCCCGCUCUGCUUCCACGAUUCCUACUAUUUAUUCCCAGUCUGCCUGUGCAUGAAGAUGUGACUGUGCUCGUAACAAUUGGACGAUAUCGAAGAGUUCCAAGCUUAGUGGUUGUACGUGCUGAUUCCACCGUCCAAGUAUAGUUUGAUGUGAUCAUCUUCUAAUUUUACAAUAUUGAUGCAUAUGGCAAGUGUAAAUGGUAGAGAAUAACGGGCAUCCUAAGCUAAAAGGCUGGAUGAUUUCAUUAAUCUUGAAUUAUUAGAAGAUGGCGAAGCUAGUCUUGGUUAAGUAGUAAUCCUAUAAUAUAAGUCCGCACUUUGCGGCUUGUUCUCUCCAUUAGAAUCUUUCAAGUUGCUUCAUCGAAGAGACCUGAAAAAAAUCUCAUGCAGACUCCCGUGAUGUGAAUGGGGUCUCUUGGGUUGUUGGACUUGCUACCUGAAUGAAGUGGCUAAAGGGAUGAACAACAAACCCAGAUAAUUCGAAAACCGAAACCUAACUGUGAAGUUCUGUCGGCAGACGAAUCUCCAGGGAUGUUUAGUGGAGUCGCCAGCUCAGAAUUGGCCAAUUACCUCAGCUUCUUUGACCUCGAUCCUGUGUAUACGCGGGCACUAGUAUAGACAGAUAUAAUCUGUACAUUUUAUUCGCCAAUGUUUAACCUAUGUUUACUA